CAGCUUUGCAACCAGACAAAACUGACUUAUUGAACUGUCUUGAACCACAUGUUUUUUUGUACUUUUUUUUUUUUAAAUCUAAGGACAACUAGGCUAAAUGUUUGUCACUGUGAGAUCUUCACUUGGGUGCAUUUGGGAAUGAGUUUCUGAACAUGGUGACAGUCGGGAUGUUACUGAUGGUCGUCUUUUUUUCAGGUGCUUUGGCUGACUGCCCUGAUGCCCUUUUUGUAACUGCACCAAAGAAGCUGGAAGCACUGAGUGGAUCUUGUUUGCACAUCCCGUGUAGCUUCAGACCCAAAGAAGAACAGAGAUUUAGCAGGACAAGAAAAAUUUUUGGAGUGUGGAUUAAAAAUGAUUCUAGAUUUGGCAUUUAUCCAAACAAUGUGAUCUUCAACAGUAAUGGAGCAGUUAGCAUCUAUCCAAUGAGUAUUACUGGGAACCUGAGUCAGAGAAACUGCACCACUCUGUUUUCUAAUUUAACCACCACAUACACAGACACAUACUUCUUCAGAGUAGAGAGUGAACCACUCAAGUCAACAGCUUCUUGUGAUCCUCUUCAAAUAACAGUCAGAGAUUCUCCUUGGAGGCCCAAUAUUACAAUCCCAGGUGAUCUGAAGGAGAAGGAGUCUGUCACUAUAACCUGCUCAGCUCUCACUCCCUGUCCACACUCCCCUCCUCAACUCACCUGGAAUCUCCAACAAGACUCUCACAACAAAAUAGAGGAAAACACAGAUGGAAGCUUUACAACUAAAAUCCAGCAGACCAUCACUCUGUCAGACACACAUGAUGGAAAGAAGAUCAGCUGCUCUGCCAGAUAUCCUGUGAACCAAGGAAAAGACACCAAGACAGCAGAGACAGAAGAGACUCUCAGUGUUUCAUAUGCUCCUAAGUACACCUCUGCUUUCAUCAGUCCGUCAGGUUUGGUGUCAGCAGGCAGCUGGGUGAACAUGAUUUGCUCCAGCAGAGCCAAACCUCCAGUCAGCAGCUUCACCUGGUUCAAGAAGAGCAGAGAUGGAGCUGUGAAAGUAUCUGAAGGAGAGAUUUACAGCUUCAAUGUAACAGAUGGAGGAGUUUAUUACUGUGUGGCCACUAAUGAUCUGGGUAAUCAGACAUCAGCAGAGAUUCAUCUAACUCUUACUUACUGUGAAGGUGGAACACUGGAUGGUGUCUACACUAUAGUGAAGACUGUGGGAAUCAUAAUGCUUGUGAGCACACUGGGCAUGUUUGAGUGCUGGUUCAGAUCAAGACGCUCCAACAAUCCAGAGACAGAAAUCUGUCAGAUGAACACAGUCACAUCACAACACAUCCACUAAAGUUUUUGCAGGACAAACUCCACCUUAAAGUAUCACUUAAUUCACUGCAGUGGUGUAGAAUUAGUAGAAUCUUUACAUGUUUGGAUAUUUCUUUAUAGUUUGAUGUUCAACAGCUGUACAUGACCAUCAUACUCUGAGUACAGAGAUGGUAUUACAGAAAUAUCAUUCCUCAAGCCAGUGCUGUCUUCCCAAAAGUAAACUGUUCAGUUUUGCACCUUUAGAGCCAGAUUUACUAAACAGAGCAAAAUAGCAUGCCCAAAUGUUUCUGAUAGGUCUGGUAAGUUUUACAGGCACAGUCAGUUCAUUUCAGUGUGACAUGUCUGAUCUGCCAAGAGUCACGCAACUUAGCUUAAGCUCAUAAACUAACUGGGGAUUAAUCCUUCUGGGAGAAAUUAAGAUGUAGCUGCAUUAUGGUGGGGAAACAUAACAAUUAUCUAGAGAUCAAGAAUCACAAAAAUGUAUAAGUCCGUUUGUGUACUUGGUUUAAAUAUUGUACUUCCUAUUUUACGGCUUCAUUAAGGAAUUCCCUGAAAUUAAUAUGCAAGAGGGUCGGUGUAGAAAACCACUGACCACUCUUUGUCUAAUAGUCUAUGUUCAUCGUUUCUCUUUAAGCUGUAAUGGUAAUUUGUAAUUUAUCCUUUCUCCCUUUCACCUUAAAACCACAUGUUGAUGAACAAAUGAUCAUUUAUUCAAAAUUUCCUGAAUGUAUUUUGUGAACAUGGGAGGUAGAUACCGUCUCUCUGUAAAUAUUCCCGGCUUGUGCUUGCUCUUUUCAAAAGAAAAGCAUGCAGACUGCUGUCUGUGCUGUUGUUUGACCUCUUUGCAAAGGUAAA